AUGGGAAACGCUAACUAUUCUCAACAAAAAUUGGGUGGUGGAAAUUGCUCGCAGAGUCCAAAGAAAUUUUCAGCCCCAGCCCCUUCAUCAACUAGUAUUCCAUCCUACAAGAACAGGUAUGAUCAGAAUGUUAGGGAACCAGGCUCUAAGUCUCAGGGAAGUGUGUCAGGCACCGAGACUUACCCCACUUGCCCUAAGUGUAAUAAGAACCAUCUAGGAGAUUGCCUUGCAGUAGAGAAAGGAUGCUUUGGGUGUGGUCAAUCUGGUCAGGGGUUGAGGGAUUGUCCAUCUAGACAAGUUCAAGGAGGUGGUAAUGGUAGAGCUCUAUAUACAACUUCAGCACAACCAACAAGUCGCCCGACUCAGCAAGGUAAAUCAUCUGGUAUAGGUGGCGGUCAGCGCCAGAAUAGGUUGUAUGAUCUUCAGGAUCGCCAGGAUUAUGAAGGUUUUCCUGAUGUAGUUACUAGUAUAUUACGAGUAUUUGACCUCAAUGUUUAUACAUUGUUAGAUCCAGGGGCCACUCUUUCCUCUGUAACUUCUUACAGAGUAGUCCAAUUCAGUGUUAGUCCAGAAACUCUCUUAGGACCUCUCUAA